UGCAAAUGUCGCUGUGUUGAUGAUGGGAAAGGAGUGUCCAACACAAUAUACAACACACGCUUGAUAGCUCUACGAGAUCUUUAGAUCUUGAAAGGGUGGAUACAAUGUGUUUCGUGGACACAAAGCGAAAACGGAAUCCUUGGGUCUGAGUCUACUAAAGUGGCUUCCAUUUUCCAGGCUUGUAAUUGGUUUCAUAUGAGACCUGGUAGUGGCAUUUAACUGAAGAAUGCUGCUGUAACAUUCUUUCAUGCAAAGAACAGAAUGAUGUCCUCUUUGCCAGAUAAUUUAACACCACCAGACCUGGGUCACAACUUAAGCAUGGACUACUCUUCUCAGAACAUUCGUCUGAAGAUCAUCGGCCUGGGCUUCAUCUUCUACACCUUCAUCUUUCUCUUCUUCCACGUCAUAUCUAAACUGCUAUUUCUUACAUACCGGUCGCUGUCUGCCAAAGAAAAGGUCUUCUGGGAUUUAGCUGCAACACGGGCAGUGUUUGGCAUCCAAAGCAUGGUGGCGGGACUUCGAGCGCUCAUGGAGGACUCUGCUGUCUUUUCAGAUAAGAUUCUUGGGCAGGAGAACUGGUCUUGGUUUAACGUGCUGACCGCUACUGGGUUCUUCCUGUUUGAAAAUGUGGCCCUACAUGCAUCCAAUGUGGCGUUCCGGUCCUUCGACCUGCCGUUAGCUGUGCACCACUUCUUUGCCCUGUUAGGGUUUGUUGGGGCAGUCAUGUGGGACUGGCUGGGUCAUUUUCUCCCAAUGGUGACCCUGCUGCUCGAGAUGAGCACCCCCUUCACCUGCAUCUCCUGGAUGUUGCUUAAGGUGGGCUGGUCAAAGACUCUGUUUUGGAAAGCUAACCAGUGGAUUAUGAUCCAUAUGUUUCACUGCCGGAUGGUUCUAACCUACUAUAUGUGGUGGGUGAGUUGGAAUCAUUGGGAGGAGAUGAAUAUCCACAUUCCAUUGGCUCAGAGACUACUAUUCUUUACGGGUCUCUUCCUGCUCACCUUCUUUCUCAACCCCAUUUGGACGCACAAGAAAACCCUGCAGCUUCUCAAUCCUGUGGACUGGAACUUUGGUAACAAACUUGCACCAGAAAAUGGACCAAUCCGAGAUCAGGCACGAUGCAAGCCCCAUGCCAGCUAAUCAGUUGAAAGGGCAAGACCUCAUGGGGAAUGCAGGCUAGAGAAGAGACGUGGCUAUACAAGGGUGAUGGGGUCACAGUUAUGGACUAUUUAGUGCAGUUGAGUUGGUUUUAAUGAGCAUCGUUUGAAGGUUGAAAAGUUUUAGGUUUUCUAGUUAUUUUAUUUAUUUGCGACCGCACAGAUAUGUAAAAGCGCAUUUAUUUCAGUUUGGUUUUUGUAUUUCAAGUAGCUAUAGCGCUUAGUUUUUGAUAGGGCUGCAUCGAUACAAUCAAAUAUCGAUAUAUCGCGAUACUUUUCCUCAUGAUAUUGUAUCGAUACUUUGUCCAUGUAUCGAUAUUUGUAUUCAACAAGUCAUGCAUUCACAUAAUUUCCAGUACUUCAAUAAAGACGAGCAGGUUGUCUAAAUAAGUGCAAACCCAGAGACGUUCAUCCGUGCAUUCAGAGAUGCUUCUAUGAGGCGUAAGAGAGACUGAAACUAAGCCCGUUUCUCUCGUGGACACGCUGGGAAUCUUUCACGCGUUUGGCACAAGGACCGGGCAAAAAUAUUGAUUUUUCCGCCUUAAUCGCAAUCUUCAUUUGAACGAUUCCGAUGUCAAUUGUUAAAAUACUCUUUCAUUCUAUGCGCAACCCUCUAUAAUGCAUGUUAAUUAUGAAUAAUGAUUAACAAAUAAUGAAUAAUAAUAAUAAAGACAUGAAUAAUGCCACUUUUAAUACACUUUCUGUUCUUUACAGUCAGUUGUUGAUCAAAAACAAAAAAAGAAACAUGUAAUUCUAAUCACACAUAGCACAGAUGGUGUAACACCCUCAACGUCACUGUCGCUGGUCUUAAAGAGACAGUACCAUUUUAGCACUUGUUCUACAUAUCAAUGUAAAUACUAUAUCAUUUUAUUUAUUUAUUUAUUUUUUUGUUGGAAUACAUGGACUUUGUAUAUUUUUAAAAAGCUAAAAUGUGACUAAAAUGCUAAAGAAAUAAUUCUAACUAAAAUUUGUAAAACUAAUAUUUUUGUUGUGCCAAAUUCCCCUGUAUAAUUAAUAACAGCAUUACCUGAAAUCAAAUUUCUUUCAUACUGUAUGUUAUGACAUUAUUACUGACAAAUACCCAAAUGAAUUAGAAUUGAAAGCUUGUAAGUCGGAAUCGAAUCAUGAUAUUGUGAUACUGUAUAUCAAAUUGUGUGAUAUAUGUAUUGUGAUGUAUCGCGAUAUAUCGAAUUGUGACGUGCAUCACAAUACGUAACGUAUCGUGAGGUGGCUUGCAAUACCCAACCCUAGUUUUUGGCCUUUAAAACAGUGAUGACUGGCACACUGAUAAAUGCUUGAAGGAGGCUGUGCUUUUAAUAGGGCUGAAUGAUUUGGACAAAAAAUCGAAUUGAAAAUAAUUGCGAUUUGAACUGUGGUAUGAUAAAACAAAAACAUGUGAUUCCUUAUAGUCAAAAUUAAACCAUGUUUUGCCCAUGCUUUACUGCCAACCGGAAAUACUGUUCUAGAAAGGGUGUUCACACUUGAGUCCUCUAAAAAAAAACAAAAUAAAUAAAUAAAUAAAUAAAUAAAGCAAGCAUCACAAUCACUUUUAAUCAUUAAUGUUUUGAAACCCAGUCAACUUGAAUUUUAUAUUAUUGCAAUAAUAUUAAUGUUAAGAAAUUGUUAUAGAAAUCUAGUAUAAUAAUAAUUAUCAUUAUUACUAUAAUAAUUUAUUAUUAUUAUUAUUAUUUAAUAGUAAUUUAUUUCUUAACUUACUAUGCAGUCCCGGUAAACCCUCAAGCCUUUUUUUUUUUUUUUUUAAACUGAAGGGACGGAAGUUUAUGUCGUUUGAAGUUGAGUUGACGACAACCUUUUAAUGCAGUGAAAUGCUCUCAUCUGCCUUGCUGUCAACAAAAAACAGCUCUCAUGGGGUUAUUUUAAAUGUCUAUACUAAAUUGUAGCUGCCAAACAUAGAGGUAUGUGAAAUUACGCAAAUGUGCAAUUAAAGUAAAUCUGGGGCGCGUUAAAUAAUGUGCUCAGUGCACGUUAGCACACCUAACUGAACUCAGAGCACAUCUGUCACUCAGGGCACCAGAUAGAUAGAGUUCGUGUGUAUGGAGCACAGAGCCACUCUGAAACCACAUGUGUAAUACAAUGAUCCUGUUGACAUGUAUUUAAGAAAGCACUACAUACAAAUCAGCCGUGCAUAUAGGCACAGCGGGCAGCGCAAUGAGACCAUUUAUUUAUUUAAUUAAUCAUAGCCCUCACAGUUUGAAAAUCGCACUGGGUCAUAUUUCGAUUUUAUUUCGGUUAAUCGUUCAGCCCUAGUUUUUAACUUCUCGUUGCUGCAUGUGACAAUGGCUACGUUUACAUGCACCCUCAUAAUGCGAUAAUGCAAUUAAGGCAAUACUGCGAUUAAACUGUAGCUAAUGUUAACAGAAUAUUGCAAUUGUGAUAUUGCGAUUAUGCUUAUAAUGCAGUAUUAUCAUUGUGCUUCGAAUUAAUGAUAAUUCGAAGCACAAGUUCAAAAACAUUGUGAAAAAGAAGAAGCUGCACUUUUCUUCAUUAUGUAAAACGGCAGUUCCAUGCACCAUUUUUCAGCACUGGUGGUCCCCCAUCUACAGCUCCACGGCAAAAGAAAACAUACAGUAUUUUGCCGAGUUGUGAAUGUCUGUUUGCAGUCUGAAUUGAAUGUUAGGGAGAUAAAAAGACCAUAUGCCGCAAAAUAAUGGGAAGGAAACCCGUCUUUGAAAUGAAUUUGUGCUCGAGAGCGAAACACAACAACAUCCAUCGUGUAUUCCGAUUCACAAACAAAUGACUCUUAUGAACCGAUUCGUUUUAGUGAAUCAAAACAGACAGCGCAUCCAGUGUAGUAGAAAAUAACUCUGAAGUGGUUCUUUUAAUAAACAGUUCAAAAAGACUCACAAACUUACUGAAUAAUAUUCCUUAUGCCAAGCUGUAUUUAAAGAGACAUAUUUGCAACAAGUUGUUUUUUGUAAUAAAUAUUCAUUUAUAAAAAAGCAUUAAAACAUCACAUU